AUGGAGGCAGUUAGGAGGUUAUUGCAAAUGGAUGGAUGCUUCACAGUAGAUUGUAUGGGGCUUAGUGGGGGCAUUGCCCUCCUCUGGAGAGAUGAAUGGUGUGUUAACAUAAUAAAUUACACUAAAUGGCAUGUUAGUGCUUUAAUCCAGGAGAAAGAAAAUGGACCAACAUGGCAAUUCACGGGCUUCUAUGGACACCCUGACACAGGGAAGAGAGGCAGUAGUUGGCAAUUACUGAAGAUGCUAAAACCCACCACUUCCAUAGCAUGGUUAUGUGCUGGAGAUUUCAACGAGAUUCUUCACAGAGUGAUAAGGUUUACUUGGUCAAACAACAGAAAUGGUAAUGAGUUUACAAAGGAAAAAAUUGACAGAGUUUUUGGCAAUAAUGAAUGGAUUGAUUUAUUUAGGCAUGGUGUCUAUAAUGUUCUUCCUGCCAUUAGUUCUGAUCACUCCCCCUUGUCAGUCAGUUUACACAAUACCUCUAAUGGGAGGAAGAAAAGAAGGUGGUGCUUUAGAUAUGAGAUGGCCUGGGAGGUAAAGGAAGAAUGCUUGAAGGUUGUGGGUGAGGCUUGGCAAAAUGCUGGCAUAACAGAUUGUCAAGCAAAGUCCUUAAGAACACAGCUUGAUCUAGGCCAAAAGGGCCUCAUGACUUGGAGGCAGACUCUUAAGCAACAAGAGGAUCAAAUUGUUAAAAAUGGGAUUCUAAAUAUUGGGCAUCUUCAGAAUUAUGGUACUGGCGAGCACGUGGCAGCUAUGAAACAAUUUCAAGAGGAGGUGGUCAAUGCCAUUACUGCUAAUGAUAUGAAGUGGAAGCAAAGGGCAAAGCAACACUGGCUGAAACAUGGGGACAGAAACACUCAGUAUUUCCACAUGCAAGCUAGUCAGAGAAAGAAGAUCAAUGCAGUUAAUAGCAUAGUGGAUUCACAAGGCAGGGUUGUCACUGACCAGUCUGAAAUUGGUGAGGUAUUCACAGUUUUCUUCUCCUCUCUUUUUACUACUUCCCAACCUCUAUCUAUUGAUCAAUGUCUGCAAGAAAUGGACACCAAAUUAGACAUGGACAUGAAGGCCUGGCUUUUAAAACCAUUCACUAGGGAGGAAAUCACUGCAGCUGUUUUCAAAAUGAAUCCUUUGGGGUCGCCAGGCCCUGAUGGCUUUCCUGCCCAAUUCUACCAAAAAAACUGGGAGGUAGUGGGGGAUCAAGUCUGUAAUUUUGCUCUUCAAUUCCUCAAUCAUGGUGGAUCUCUCAGUGAGGUUAAUGACACUUUCAUUACUCUUAUUCCCAAGGUUCAAAACCCCACAAGAGUAGCGGAAUACAGACCCAUAAGCCUGUGUAAUGUUAUAUACAAGGUUGUGUCAAAAACCAUGGCUAAUAGACUGAAACACAUACUGCCUCAAAUCAUUGCCCCUAAUCAGAGUGCCUUUGUGCCUGGAAGGGUUGAGUGGGAUUUCAUUGAAGCAAUCAUGACCAAAAUGGACUUUCCUGGUCAUUGGAUCCAUAUCACAAAAUCAUGCCUCUCUUCUGUCUCCUACUCAGUACUUGUCAAUGGAGAACCUCAGGAAAAGUUUGCACCUUCGAGAGGUCUUAGACAAGGAGAUCCCCUGUCCCCCUACUUGUUUAUUCUUUGUGCUGAAGGCCUCUCUUCUCUCCUUAAACAUGCUGAAGCAUGUGGCAAUUUAACCCCUGUGACUAUUGGCAGAGGUCCUAUUAAAGUAAGCCACCUCUUCUUUGCUGAUGAUAGCCUAUUGUUCUGCCAAGCCAAGUAUGAGGAAAUUAAUUGUGUUCUCAAGAUCCUCGAGCUCUAUGAGAAAGGAUCAGGACAGGUUAUAAACAAGGACAAGUCUGCUAUCUUUUUUAGCAAGAACACCACUCUGAUGACACAACAGCAGAUCAAGAGUCUAGCAGGGGUCCAAUCCACCUCCAAUUUUGAGAAAUAUUUGGGUUUACCAUCUUUGGUGGGUAGGAAGAAGAUUGCCUCUUUCCAUUCUUUAAUUGAUAGAACCUGGUCUCGGGUCUCUAACUGGAGGACCAAAUUUCUCUCUGCAGCAGGAAAGGAAAUUUUGCUCAAAGUUGUGCUCCAAGCCAUUCCCACCUAUGCAAUGGGGAUGUUCCUCCUACCAGCUUCUAUAACAAGGAGACUAAACCAGAUUUUAAGGAGGUUUUGGUGGGGUUUCAAUGAAGAUUCUUCAAAAAUUCAAUGGGUCAAAUGGGAGCAACUUAGUGGUAGGAAGGAUAAUGGAGGUUUGGGAUUUCGAGAUCUAAAAUGUUUUAAUAUUGCCUUACUCUCCAAGCAGGGAUGGAGGAUACUCCAAAAUCCUACAUCCCUAGUGGCACAAAUCCUAAAGCAGAAAUACUUCAAACAAGGAAGUUUACUUGAUGCAAAGCUUGGGACUGGGCCUUCUUUUGCUUGGAGAGGAAUACACACUGGAUUAUCUCUAUUAAAAAAAGGCAUCAGCUGGAGAGUUGGAAAUGGAAAGCAGAUUAACAUAUGGCAUGACAGAUGGAUACCCUCCUUACCUGGACAACAAAUUGUGACCCCUCGAGAUGAUGACUGCUGGUGUGACAAAGUCAGUGAUAUUAUCGAUCCUCAAUUGAAGAUAUGGCAGGAGUCUCUCUUAGAUGAACUUUUUUCUAUUCAGGAAAGAGAGGGCAUUAAAGCUAUACCCAUCAGCUUAGGAGGAAGAGAAGACAAACUUAUAUGGCAAUUCACUCCUAAUGGAAUCUACACUGUUAAAAGUGGGUACUAUCUUGGCAAAGAAUUGGAAAGAGAGAAAAUAGGAGAGUCUUCAGGCAAAACAAUGGACUGUCUGGUAUGGAGAUCUAUCUGGAAGCUCAAGGUACCCCCUGCCACCAGAAUGUUUGUGUGGAGGGCAUGCAGUGAAGUAUUACCCACUAUGGCAAACCUGAAAAGAAGAAAGGUGAUAAAGGACAGCAGCUGUUUAAUCUGCAAGAAAGAACAUGAGACUUCUGGACAUGCAUUAUGGGGCUGUAGUGGUGCCCAAGAUGUUUGGAGCCAAGGUCCAAUAAAAGUGCAGAAAUCAUCUUCUCAGAGUGACUUGUUCUUUAAUAUAUGGGCAGAAUUGAUUGGCAAACUUGAUUCAGAGGAGUUAAAUGAGGCAGCCAUUACAUUGAGGCUAAUAUGGGCGAGAAGAAAUGAUGUAUUACAUGGGAAGGCCUUCAAACACCCUCGAGAAAUUAUUGCACAGGCUAGGACAGAACUAACUCUUCAUAAUGAGACCAUGCAGAAAAUGGUUGGUGAUAAUUCUGAGAACAUGACAAGGGUCCUCGAAUGGACUAAGCCUGCAGCAGGAUGCCUGAAAGUGAACUGGGAUGUAGCUGUACAAAUGAGAAUGGGAAGGAUUGGAAUUGGGGUAAUUAUCAGAGAUCACCAUGGCCUAGUGAUAGGUGCUCUUCGUGCUAACAGACCUUUGAAGGGCAGCGUUUUUGAUGCUGAAGCUUAUGGUUUACUUUUGGCUUGUGUUUUUUGUAAGGAGAUUGGAGUAAGGCAAAUCUGUUUGGAGGGGGACUCAAAGCAGGUCGUGGACCAAAUGAACCAAGAUAGUCCUAACUGGAGCUUGGGUGGCUGUCUCAUAUCAGAUGCCAAAGAGAUUCUAAACUUAGCUGCUAUUUGGUCCAUCUCACAUGCAUACAGGGAAGCUAACAUGGCAGCUCACAUGCUUGCACAAGCGGCUUACGAGUGUACUGAAGACAUGUAUGACAUUGAGAUAUGCCCAGCUUGUAUCUGUCAAGAUAUAGCUCAUCUUUUGACAACUAGGAAAUGGGGGAGGGAAGGAACCGGCCAGGACACGUCUCAAAUAGGCUAUCGAACUGUUAUAUGGCCGAACGCGAAGCGUUUAUCAACGAGUUCAAUGAGCUUACAUGUACAUGGGAGCAGACGAACCUUGGAAACGUCUUUGUUACUAGAGGUUGGACCAACAUCUGCACAUUGGGGGGGGAGGACAUACCCCUCCAUGGUUCGAGAGUUUUACAUGGAAAUGUGCUCCAUGCCUCAGGAUGCAUCCUCUCACAUCAUGAUUGUACGCAGUGUUCAGUUUGAGGUUUCGACGGAUGUCAUCACCAAGCUACGGAUCCAUCGCGUAUCUGAGACAUCAACUACAGUAGAUGCUCAAGCUGAGGAAGUAGCAGAUGUAGGGCCUAGGCACAUCAGCAUCAUCUACUGGCCCAGUCGAGUCUAUGGCCAGAGAUGUAAACCGGUAGGAGGGUGA